GCGGACGUGCGACUUGCAAAUCGGGUAGGAGCUACUAAUCGAGCAGUGAUAUUGACACAGCUUUGCAGAUAAGUACUCAGCUUUUGGUUGACUUACCGAGCAGGCGUGUGAUAAAGGGAUAUCUUGUUGAACUAUUAAUCCGUUCGAAAGAAAACAUCUGGUUGCACACUCUAUGUUCAGAAAUAGUUGUCAAUUCAGUGAAUGAACUGUCUGCAUAUACGUCCACACAUUUGAUCUGUGAUUCUGGUUUUUCUGCCUGCUCAGAUAAUUGUAUUGAAUUAGAAAAAAACAAAUUUAUUAAAAUGUAUGUAGCCCGUGGGGCUGUGUAAGUGUUUAGUUUAUUAUGCUAAUGGUGGGUGUGGAGGCGUGCGGGUAUAAAAGGGUCAGGAACCAAUAGUUUGGGUAGGUUUCGGGGGGGUCGGAAACAGUGACGGUCGACUGGUUCCUGUUUGUGCGAGAGCACCUCUCAGCCUUGCAUGAACUGCCAUGUGUGCCUGUUGGAUGAAAUAAAGAUUUAUUGUAAAAGACUUUUGAAGGCAACAAUGAUGAUCCUGUUGGUCAAGGCUGCACACACACCCCUGGCCCUCCAGAUGGCCACACCAAAAGCAAGCGCUAGACCGUUUUGGAGUUGGUUGAAUGCCGUUUUCAACAAAGUGGAUUAUGAUCGAAUUAAGAAAGUGGGUCCAGACCGUGCAGCAUCAGAAUGGCUAUUGCGAUGUGGAGCUAAAGUGAGGUAUCAGGGCUUUGAUCGCUGGCAGCAGGACUACAAUGGGUUGCCCACUGGCCCUUUGGGCAGAUACAAGAUUGAGGCCAUUGAUGCUACAGAGUCUUGUAUCAUGUACCGGGGAUUUGACCAUUUGGAUGGUCUGAAAUACUUAGAGGAGAUACGGUUUAACAAGUGUGUUUAUAUAGAAGAUACUUGUUUAGAGAGACUGAGCAAAAUUGAAAACCUACAGUGCAGUCUACGUAAAAUGGAGCUCAUCUCCUGUGGCAAUGUGACUGACAGAGGCAUCAUUGCCCUGCACAAACUCAGAAACCUGGAGCACCUGUUUCUCCAGGACCUUCCAGGGGUGAAGGAGAAGAUGACCAUAAGGACACUGCACACAGCCCUUCCCAAGUUGACUAUUAUGGAGGAACUGUUGUGAUCUUUCAGUGUAAUCAGUUUUUAAGCUGAAACACUUUUCUGAAGUAUAUGAAAGUAUAACAAAAUGUAGAAACUAUGUAAUUCACUUAAGGAAGGAGGGAAAGGAUUCACUUAUGGGAAAGGAUGGAACAAGUGACAGCAGUCAAGAAAAUCUUUUUGUCAGUAUUAUAUUGCUUUUUCAGAUCAGGGUAAAAAGACUUCACUGUCUAGUUUCAAAGCUGUCCAUAAAAAAAUGUGUUGUAAAUGUGAAUGAUUUGAAUUUACUUAAACCAAGAUUUAAAUGAUACAUUAAUUUGAGAACUUAUUUUGUGUAUAGCCAUGGUGUGAGCAGGUUUCUGAGUUACAAUGUGCACCGAGUAAACUUUAAACAGUUUACUAAGAACAAAGGUGCAGUGCUGUGUAAUGUUGUAGGCCUGUAGACCAUAUGUUUCCUAGCCAUUGUCACAGACCAUUUUUAUUUACUCUAAUACACAUAAUCAUAGUGUCUUUGUAAAGGAAUUCCUCUGAUGAAAACCUGAAAUUCCAAUACAAUUCAGUUAAAAUGUUUGGUAAAGUUAACAAGGCAAUAUUCAUAAUUUUCCCAGUAUGCUGCUACUGAUAGAGCAGAGAAUUGCUGGAAACACAAAUCCUAAGAAAACAGGCAUAUUAUUCUGACAGAGAGUAUUUUCUGUAAAUAAGAACAACUUGAUCCAUGAUUAAACCAUGUAAACUUCUAGUAAGAA